UCUCACUGUUGAAAACCUGCAAUAUAUUAGCAACAAUUGAAAACAUUUGUCUUUUUAUCAAGUUACAGCAAUAAAAGAGCGACUCCAGGCACUUCCAGGCCACCCAAGGUUUCUCUACUCCAAGCUAAUCAGAGACAUCAUGUCCCAGGGCGGCGGCGGCAGUGGCACUCCGGCGGGCGGCAAUCCCACGGCGCUCCAGGGCGUUGGCGGGGGCGUGGUCUUCAGCAAGGUCUUCAUACAGCGCGAUUACAGCGAGGGCACCUCCGUAAAGUUCCACACACGGUUACCUGCGGAGCUGGACGGCAUGAUCGAGCGACACGUCUUCGAGGCCACCAUUAACAGGCUAAAUGAGUUCUACGCCGAGGCGGAGGAGGGAUCCUGCGGCACCUACUGCGAGGGCUGUAUUGGCUGCAUCACAGCCUACUUGAUCUACAUGUGCUCCGAAACGCACUACGAAAAGACCCUUCGCAAGAUAUCCAAAUUUGUGGCUUCCCAAAACGAACGCAUUUACAAUCCCAAGGGCCUGCAGCUGAUCGAUCCGACAUAUCGGGGUCUUCGCGUCAUAGAGAUUACAAUAUUCGACCGUCCGGGGCGAACGUGACUUCCGCUCUCCCAUUCGGCCAACGAGUUUUUCAUGUGAGAUCAACCAGCCACAGUCGCAUCAACAGGAGGAGCAUAAGGAUGAGGGAGGAGUGCGUUUCAGCAAAUAUCAAGCAAAAGUCAGCGCCAUUGUGUGUGUUUCCAAAAAGUUAAGAAGAAAAAAACAACAAAGCUGUAGAAUCAGCUAAAGCUUUAUAACAUAUAACCAUAUAUGUGAGUAGCGUAGAGAUCCUGCUUUGAGAUAAUAGCCUUACGAAUAUCCGUGUUCAUUGCAGCUUGGCGGCGCAGCGGCCAGAGCGUGUUCCGGGGCAUGCGACUUAGUCAGCGGUGUGCUGGGAGCACACCGUCUCCGCUGCAGCCACGUACGAUAUGCUAGAUUAGCCGUUAAUGAUUAGCCAAGGCAGGGUACGGCCAGUUAGUUAGUAUUUAUGCAUUAUCAGGCAGCGCCGGCGCAUUGGCGCUUAGUAUGUAGUUAUGUAAGUGAAAGCUACCGAAACUGCAUUUUGAGCCGAGGCAAGCAUCAACAUAUACACACAUUCGCAUAUGUUACCAUUGUUCCAGCGAGAAUUAAUUGAUUUAUAAUCGAAAAUUGUAUACAUCUUGAUUGUACGUAGUCGUUACUAACAAUUCGCUUGUCAAACGUUUUCAUUUACAUUCAAAAACGCAAAGUUUUGGGCUUAAUCAGACAAGGCAUACGCAUAACGUUUUCUAUACAAACUCUUACCGAUUUCAACCAGCGCCAAAUGAACUUACCCAUUAAACAAGUGAAGAAUUGUUCGAUUUUUAAUAUAAAUAAGCAACCUUGAUUAACAUAGUUGUCUAUCUUAUAAGGGAAAAUAUAUAUUGCCGUCAUCUAAACGAA